AUGUCGUACCAAUCUUCUACCAUAAUUGGUGUGUUUUUAGCCGAAUUCGAUGUCAAGUCUGGGUAUAAAUUAGUUUGGAGUAAAUCUGUUAUCCCAGAGUUUGAUUUUGAUGGGUUGGAUUAUAAAGCGUUUCCUUCAGGAAUACACGAGUUUAAUAAUUCCACGGUUUUGAUAAGUCACUGUUUCCAGGAUAAAAUCUACUAUGGGUUAAGCAAGUUUUAUCAGUAUAUAAUUGGUGACGAUUCUAGUGAUAGAAGCAACGUGAAAAUGUAUGCAUUGGGAGUGUUGUGUGAUCUGAAACCAAACCCUUGGAAGCCAAACGAGUUUAUUCGAAAUGGAUGGGAAUAUGUGGAUCUGUUGAAUGAGAAGCUUGUACAGUUUGUACAUCUGCAACAAUAUGAUAAUUUCAAACCAAUUGAGAGUGUGCUUGAAGGAAUGGAUGGAUUGUCCCCUACUGGACCAAAUAUCAAUAAUCAUUUGUUGACCAAGUUACCCGAGAUGUUUAGAACUUUAGGACCACUUGUUUUUGUGUUGUAUAAACAGAGUCUUUUGAGAAAGAAUAUUCUAAUCUUCAAUCAGCAUACUAAGGCUCACGAUGAUCAAGAUCUUUUACCCAAUGGCGAAGACCAUUUGUUUAGUAUCAGUUCCUAUUGUUACUUGUUGUCGCUUUUGUCGAUUAUUCCACAAGAUAUUGAAUUAAUUUCUAAAACGUCAGCAGCUACUUACUCACAGCCGGUGUACCAUAUUGGGUUGAAUGACUUAACUGGACAUUUGAUGAAAGUAAAGGGAUACAUUGGCAGUACUAAUGAUGAAAUUUUAAAGGAUAAUCCUGUGUAUGAUGUUGGAGUAGUGAUUGAUGAAAAAGCGAGUGUUUUCCGUUUCCCAUCAGAGACACUUAAAGCAACUAACAAGGACUACAGGAAGUUCCAAUUGAUAUACCAAGACUUGCCGGCAAAGAAAAUCAACAUUAGCAAUCAUUCCAAUAUUUCUACAGACGAUUUAAAUUCCCUUCGCACCGAAUCAGUUCGCAACUAUAACGAGUUGGAUUUAAGAAAUGAUAUAAUAGAGCCAUCAUGGUGGAAAGAGGAAGCAAUUGAGCCGGUAUCAUGGAUAGAGAGUAUUUGGUCAGCUUUCUCGUGGUUUGCAACUGCUGGCCAGCAAUUAGAAACUCUGCCGGUGACAAACCCGCCGAUCCGCCAUGUUCAAACAGAAGCUGAUUUAUUAGAUCUUAUUCACAUUGUUGGGUAUUUCCAUAAAUUAACAACGAAGUGGUUUUAUAUAAUCAACGAAAUGGUGUUGGAGGUGUUAGAUGACCAAGUGAUUACUGAAGAACAACCGUUAACGGAGAGAAUAACAAUCAAGCUUACAUAUCAGGAUAUUUUAGAAAUGGAACUAGAUCCAUACUCAAAAGAAGAUUUGGAAUUUAUCAAAGAGUUUAUAUUAUUAUAUUGGGAAGUUGUGGAUGAUGUAGAAAUUGGUGUAGGUUUUACAAAUAUAUGUUGUUAA